AUGGUUUCCGACGAGCAUUACGAGAUCUGCCUCCCUAUUCUACUGGAUGCCACUCUCGAGGACGAAGACAAGACGGACAAGCUUGAGGAUCUCUUGCGAAGCCAAACGACCUUGACUGGAGCCUCAUUAGAUAAUGCGAUUCUCGAUGUAUUAUGGCGUUACCGCGACGGAGGUGGUGGCUCAACCUCUCCCCCUCCUAUCCGUCAAACCAUCCUCCGACGACCAUCUCCCGCCUCAUGGCGCGGCAAUGCCACUCCUCUUUCCGGCUCUCCACGUCUGGGUGUCAGUCCACUAGCCCCUCCUGGCUUUGUCCCAUCCUUCACGAGAACGAAGUCAUCGGCAGCCUCGCCCUUCUCUUCCCCGAGGCCGUCCCCUAGACUUGCCUUCGCGACACCAGCUAUACCCAACAGCCCGAACCUAAACGCAUACGAGUUCGCCAACGAUAGGUCCCCGUCCCAAGAAACCUUUGGCGACUACCAAACUGAGAACGUAGAGUGGCUCGUGGCAGACGAUGCCAUUAGUAUAUCCUCAUCCGUGGGGACUUCUAGCGGCUUAAACGCCGCUGCCCCUGAGUUCUCUUCCAUGUCUUCGCAGCAAGCUGACAUGUCGCCAUACGAUAUGCUUCGAUCAAUACUUGGCCAGACACGGACUGAUGAUGAGAUCGAAGCCGCCCUUGCGCUUCACGGCUAUGAUUUGAGUGCGACGAUCGUAUCCAUUAUGGAGAGCCAGGCGCAAGAGAGUGGAUACAGUGCGUUGCAUCCUGAUGACACCAAAACCUCUCUCAUAGGCAAGGCUUUGGCCGCGGAAGGACGUCCUACUACGCCCGCCGGACAGAGGUCAGGUGUGAUUUGCAAGUUCUACAUGUCUACGGGGCAGUGCCUCCGGGCUGAUUGCAGAUUUAGUCAUGACCUGAGCAACCAUCUUUGCAAAUACUGGGUUAUGGGAAACUGUUUGGCUGGGGAUACUUGUAUUUUCUCCCACGACCCAGCGCAUCUUAUGAACAAGCUUGCAUUAGAUGGUUCCAACACCCCCCCUACGAAGCAAGCUAACAACUUGGAUUUGAACUCGUUCCCUGCGCUUCCACCAGGCACCCCGGAACAUCUAGGCGGUUAUGGAGGCGGAGUAAAUAUUACUGUUGGAAUCACACCACCUCCAGGCCUGAAGCCGUUCUAUCAAGGCGAGAGUCCUCGGCCGAGAUCUCGCCCCGGUAGCCGGCACCAGCAAGCAAGGGAGCCUGUGGCCCCGUCUCUGGAUGAUGCAGACGCGUUCCCAACUUUAGGCUCUGCCGCCGCAAAGCAGGGCAAGAAACACCAUGGCAAACGCGGCGGGCAUGGCCACAGCCACAAGGAGAACUUCGCGCCAAGCUCUCUCGCCGAGAUCGUAAAGAUGUCGCCCUCUCCGGUUCCAGCGCUCCGCCAGGACACUAAGAAGAUUGGCCGAAACGGGAGCUCUACCAAUGUCAGAAAUGGUGAGAAUAGUGUUGCGGCACAGGCAAUUUCGAACCCGAAACACAUUCCGUGGCUGGAGACUGGUGAACGUGCCAACAAGGCUUAUCUCAAGGCCCGGCAAGAAGCUAUUAAGCAUGGCGGUCUUCGAAAUAAAUUCCUUCAGAGCGCUGCCCAAGCUUGGAACCGCAAUGAUGCAAGGGCUGCGAAAGCUCUGAGUCUCAGAGGACAAAGCGAAAAUGACCUCAUGCGGAAAGCUCACCGGGAAGCGGCUCGGGAGCUGUAUGAGGAGCGCAAUAAGGGUAAUGGGAACAGCUUCGAAAUCUACGUUGACUUACACGGACUUCAUCCUGAAGAAGCAGUGGAGUAUUUGGAGCGGGUAUUAAUGGAGAACAUCAAGGAGAGCAGGCCGAUCUACGCCAUCACCGGCACUGGACAUCACAGCAAGAAUGGUAAGGACAAAGUGGGCAAGGCCAUUCGCAACUUUCUGAAUGAGUGGAGGUACGCCUACCGCGAGUUCUCCGUCCCGGGCGACCGGAACAACAUGGGUGGAAUUCUGGGUAUUGAUGCCCGAAGCUACGACAAGUCCUUGGCCCGCGAGGGGACAUCAAGCGCGGAUGACAGUAAAGAAGAAGUCGAUAUCCUGAGUCAAGGGGUGGAGAUCGGAGACGGCAAGGUCAGGCUCCUCGUUAGGGACCCCCCCAAGGGUCCUAGUGGGCGGCGAUGA